AUGGGCCAUACGGAGUCGCCGCCCGUUUCUUGGCUCCCGGAGACAGGAGUCCUGAGCAUGGCAGUGGACACAAGGCGGAACCACCUGUUUUAUUUCUCUGCUCAAACUAAGUCAAUUUUUAAAGUGAAUAUCCCAAACCAUAUUGACCCGUUAGAGAAUAUUACCAAAAGAGAGAUUGUGACGUCAUGCAUGGCAAGGGUUAAAGCGAUGGCCGUGGACGAGUUGGCCGGUGGGAACCUGUACUGGCUGGACACGGCCUACAGACGUAUCAUGGUGUCACGUGACGAUGGCCGCUACCACAAGGUGCUCCACUUUCAGAACAUCACCGAGCCACGUGACCUGGCCAUACACAGUUACCGGAAAUUCCUGUUCUGGAUAGAUGCCCCAAAAGACAAUCCAAGAAUCGAGAGGUCGGAUCUUGACGGUCAGCGUCGUGUUGUUAUUUUACAAGGGGGAGGUUUUCUUGGGCGUCCGGACGCUUUGGCUCUUGACAUCGGCAGGAGCAUUUUGUACUGGAGCGACGGCUACUCGCUGUGUCAGGCUGACCUUGAUGGCCGAAUGCUGGCGGACUGUCAGAGACGGGGCCACAGGGCCAUGGCCAUGGAUGUCAUGCACGACUAUGUAAUUUGGACGAAUCUGAUUGGUGGAGUCUCGUCAGCUGACGUGCACACGGACGGGCCAUUGGUCAAUGUUGUCUCCUCCCCCCAGCACUCGGACAUACAGUUCAGUGAUCUGGUAUACUUACACCAGUCUCUGAAGAUCUCUGGGAAAGACCCUUGUAUCCAGUACGUAAGUAUAGAGAGCAGCACCGCCCCUCACCAACCAUCUCCCGGCGCCUUAAAAGACACCACCGUCACGGGGAACUCCACAGACGGGAACUUGACCGGAAGUCUGACAAGAGACCAAGGUCUCAGCUCCACCAAGAAGAAGAAAACCUGCGCGCACCUGUGCCUGCAGUCCCAGACAGGCGCGACCUGCACGUGUGCUUUAGGCUACUGGCUCAAGCCUAAUGGAGGCUGUGUCGAGGGAGUGACCUACGACCACUAUCUGCUGUUCUGUGACCUGGUGACGGGUCAUCUAUACCGACAGUUUAUUCUCUUGCCGGACUAUUACAAUGUCAAGGUCGCCGGGAACGCCCACGCCAUCGACGUGGCGCUGGACAGCUAUGAGAGAAGAAUGUACUGGGUGGAUGCCAAGACCAACCUUGUCUUCUCCGUCCACCUGAAUGGGACUGGUCAAACUGUGGUUUUCUCUGGGGAUGAGACGCUCAACGUGACAAAAAUUUACCUGGCCCCGAGGUCACGUCUGCUGUACAUCGUUUCCUCCAACGGUGACGUGGCUCUCAUGAGCCUGGUGACGUCAUACUUCCGGCUGAUCGUCAGGCAUCCCGGCUGGAGAGUCAAUGACCUGACGGUGGAUGAGGAAUCCAGGCGGAUGUACCUGGCGGCCACCAGCAAAAACAUCCACGCCAACAGGUACCUGGUCAGGGACUACGGCGCCAUCUUGUGUGCGGACAUGGACGGGGUCAACCUCCUGGAGAUGUACGCGUAUCCGGGAUGUCCUGCGGGAAUUACCGUUCAUAACGGAAAACUACUGUGGACCGACCCCGACCAGCAGGCCAUCUUCCAGGCCUACAACAAGCGGAGCACCUACAUCCACGCCAACUCCGUCUACACCGACGGCAACGACGGCACCAUCGUCACGACGCUGGUGCACCUGGACGAGAGUUCGAAUCCCGGCGAGAUCAUGGUGGCCGGGGACUUUGUCUACUUCACUGACAGGUUCAGACAGGCGGUUCAAAGAUUUCGAUGGGACAAACCAAAAGUCAUCACUAACGCAGGUUUUCCUUACCUCAACGAAAUCGCUGGAAUCAACUUGUUCAACUCCAGUCACGUGACAGAGCCGUACACCCAGACGGGAUGUGAGGAGAUCUGGGUGCCCAAACCCCACAACACCCAGACCUGCUUGUGCCAGUGGGGAGGGGACGGGGUGGAUCAUUACUGUCACAGCGCCCAUGUUGCUAUUUAUAACGUCGCUUUAAAAUACGGUCUCUGCCUCAUCAAGCCACAGGCCAACGGUGAGGUGCACGGGGGUCAGGUGGGGUCCUACGUGCUGAAGGGUUCUAAAAUUGUCGUGGUGUGUGACCCCGGGUACCUGCUCAACGUGACCAAGCGGAGGAGUGAGACACGAGAGUGUGUGGGUGAUCAGUGGGACAGUGGGGACGUGUGUACAUCAGCCAUAAAAUAUCAGAUUCGCGGUGACAUCACUCGUGGCUACGUCAUCUUCAACGAAUCAACUACCUUCGUGGUGCCGCCUGACGUCACAAAUGUUGACGUCAUCUGUAUCGGUGGAGGCGGGGGUGGGUAUGACGCAUGUGACAACAAACAUGGCCGAAACGGCAGCGACCGCGCAGGCGCGGGAGGAACAUCCGCCUUUGGGAAAUACUUGAGAGCUUUCGGAGGUCAAGGCGGUUCUCAGCACGAAGGUCAGAGUUCAUUCUGUUUUAAGUUUAAAGCGGCCGUGGGGGGUACCGGCAUGAUCUUCUUUGGUGGAAGCGGCAGCCUCAGCUCCAGCUGUCUGGGCGGUGGAGCAGCCGGACAGACACAUCCACCAAAGCCGUGCCAGCUGGGACAAUCCACCUGCCUGUUCUGUGGCGCCGGCGGGGUCAUGCCGACCUGUUCCGUCUGCCGGUUCCGGUCCGGCGGCUGCGGCGGUGCCGGAAGCGAACCGGGACAAGUGCCGGGCGCGGCUGAUAACUACGGAGGCGGCGGUACGGGGUUGUUUGGUGGAGGUGGGGGAGGGGGAGGAGGGUUUUCCAGGAAUCUGAUUCAGGUGACCCCACGCGAGCUGAUACCUAUUACCAUCGGGACGGCGGGGUCGCCUUCUGCUAAACCGGCGGGGGACGGGGUGGUGGUGGUGGGGUGGGGUGACCGCCUGGAGAGGCUGGUCGACGCCAAGAAAGUCUCGGAGACCACAUGCAAGCCGUUCACCUACAGCUUGGCAGAUAAUGAGGUCGUGGAAAAGUUCAGGCAAAAAUGUCUGUCAUAA